UGUAAUUCAAACUAUCGACAUGUAACAUUUUCUUUUCAAUACCCAGGAGUAUUUUCUGACGGCCACAAUUUCUAAGCUAGUUUGAAUCAAUGUAUGGAAUAACAGCCUGAUUCUCGCUAGAGAAGAAACAUGGGUGCCGACAGUCAGGAGUCUACCAUCGUCGCAGCCAAAUUAGAAACAUUCCUUUCGCAAGACAAUGAUUCCGAUGAAGCCCAAUGCUCUCUUGACCUAUCCUCAUGCAACCUGGAUACUCUACCCUUGCGGUGUUCGUCUGGAGGCGACGCGUUCGCGUCGUUGCAGUGUCUAGAUCUGGGACAUAACUCCAUCUCGUCGCUGCCAGAUAGUUUUUGCUCCAGCCUGGCGAAGUUGGAAGAGCUUCGCCUGUCUGGAAAUGAUUUACUCACACUUCCUGAGUCCUGUGCUGAUUUCUCACACCUGCGCGUGUUGACGUUGGAUGAAAAUAACCUGUCAACGAUUCCGGAAUGCCUUUGCCAGUUGAAUUCCCUGAAGGAGCUCAAUUUGAUGGGAAAUUCCCUAAGUGGAUUACCAGAGGGGUUUGGCCUGCAUCUCAGUCAGCUGGAGACGUUGCGUUUAGAUGAUACCGACAUCAGUGAACUGCCGGACUCAUUUUGCUCACUGGCUUCUUUGAAGACGCUUCACAUAAGUGGUACAAGCUUGACGCGCCUGCCUCCCGCUUUUGGUGAGCUGCAGAAUCUCGUGACGCUGGAUUUCAGCCAAUCUAAAUUAUGCGAGCUGCCACCCUCAUUCUCACAGCUGAGCCAUUUGUUAUAUCUUGACCUUAGUGAAAAUCAACUGGUGAGCAUUGGGGAUGAAUUCCAGUCAGCAGCUUGUAUUGAGAAACUUUAUGUGCAGAAGAACUGGCUGGUGCAUGUGCCUGAUUGGUUUGCGCAGCUGCCCUGCAUUGUCGAGUUGAACUUCUGCUGCAAUAGACUGGAGUGUAGCUUUCCGACUCUGUCGGAAUCAGCUAAGCUGUGCGAGUUGACUUGUGGAGGGAACAGCUUUCGCAGCCUGCACAGUUCAAUAGGAAACCUAGUGUCUAUGCAUACCCUGCACAUUGGCUCCCAAGAACGGGAGCCGGAGCGUGGCAGUUUCCGUAAUGGUAAUGUACUCUCGGAAUUUCCCGAGGAAUUGUGUCAGCUUGUGCAGCUGAAACAUCUGGAUGCCACGGAAAACUAUAUUGCAGAGCUACCUGAAGACUUUGGCAGCUUGCGCAAUUUGACGUAUCUCGACCUGGCCCGUGACUCAUUGUCCUAUCUACCCGACUCGUUCACCCAACUGUCUUCUCUGGAGCAUCUCAGACUCACAAAGAAUGUCUUAGAGUCUCUGCCAGAUGACUUUGGAAACCUACAGUCCCUGUGUGAGCUCUAUCUGGAUGGAAAUCGGCUGACCGAGUUACCAGCCAGUUUCAGUAGACUUCAGAAAGUGAGUGUUCUGGACAUGUACGACAAUGAUCUUGCGACGUUUCCAACAUGUCUCAAUGACAUGGCCGCCGUUACGUACCUGGACGUCACUGAGAAUCCCUUCUUUCAGGAGUGCAACGUGGAGCUUGCCCUGUCCCUGGGUCGACAUACGUUUGCUGCUGCAUCCAGUGAUGUCAAGGCCGCUGGGAAGAAUGGAACAUGCAACACAUAUGAUGCUGGCAUGAGUGCCAAAGUGCUGGAAGCGCUUGGCCGGCACGAGGUGCUGUGGAAAUCGCAUGGCUCAACUGAUCCGAGCCGUGCCCGUGCCGUGCAGGCGAAUCGCUUCAGCGAAAUGCUGCAGGAAAACAAAAACCGUGACAGUAAUGGUGGUGCUGGUAGCUUUGCAAGUGAAACCGUUGCCGUACCUACCUGCGGAGAAGAGGCAGAAGAGGACUGGGAUUUAGAGAUACAGGAGACAGAGCCAUCGGCCGGUAAGUUGUCAUCAACACGGACGUACGUUGUGUUUGAGUCGGAUGUUGGGAUAUUCUCUACUGUGUACGCGCAUCCCAGUGAAGAAGAAGUAUCUGCACAGGACCAGGACUGGGAGCCAGGAGAUGAUAGCAUGCCUUUCAACCCAUUGCCACCAGUAAUGGCUGAUCAUGACAGUGUCAGCUGUAAUAACGACUCAGCGGCUAAAAGCAUGCCGAUUCACAGCUGUGCACAAGUGGCAAUGGGCCCAACACCUGAGCAGUAUGUUGGUGGAAUGGACGAGUUCCAUCCAACCGCUCUCAGCUUUGAGGACGACGACCUUGCUGUUCGUUAUGCCACCAGUUGAUAGCAAAUCUGGCGUGCUGGUUUCAAGUAGCGUGGUAAGCUUACACCUCGCACUCUUAGUCUUAUUAAGUUUGAUAAGCCCAGCAUUGUGUGGUGACAAUGCAGGGGCCCAAUGCCCGAGCAGUAUGUUGGUAGAAUGGACGAGUUCCACGUCAACUGCACUCAACUGUGAUGACGGCAAUCUCGCAAGUUGUUGUGCUGCCGGCUUAGACGAAACCUGGCUCACUGGUUUCAGGUAUCCCCACCGAGACGGGGCGGCCGGCUUAUAUCUUACACUUGCGUGUGAGAAAGACAACAUUGUGUGACAGGCUGUUGGCUCCUCUCUCGGAUGCGAUGCUGAUCCGUGGAUGAAACAGGAUUUGUGAAUAGAAAGAGGCCUGUGGACGCCAUCGCCUGUAUCGGAGCGGUACGACGCCGGUGUGAAGCUGUUUAUCCCUGGGCCCUUGUUCUAAGGGAUCGCGGCGUCUAGUUCUUAGGUUGUGAAGUAACUAUCCUUCACAGGAAAGUUUGUGCUAGUAUAAUUUAUAGGUCUCUCGUUCCGCAAAGCAAAGUUACCAUGUUAUAUUUCCAUGUAACUAUUGCUGUCUGAGUAUUGGCCUUGGUGCCAUGGUGCCAUGAAACUCAGAGUAACAAUAGAUUAAAGUACGCUAGUUCCUCAUCAUUGACGUUGUCAACUUGAGUCUCUCACACCAAUACACCUGUUCUGAAGCAGUUCCAACUUUUGGGUUUAGUCGUAGGAUACCAGUGCUCUUUUUUACGCUCUGAUAUGUAAUCUUCUGGUCGCAACCAUGUUUUUACUUCAAAAUGCUGUAACUUAGAACAUGUUCACAGAAUGCACGACUGGUGGUUCUUGCAGUUUUUCGCCUCAACGUGACAUGGGAUGCGGGCAUUCCAAUGGAGUCCGACUUGAUUCAGUAGUCUCCAACCACUUACAUGUACAUGUAUAUCAUCAUUUGGCAAACAUCGUUUUUCUUUGACAUGUGCAAAGUCAGCUGA